AUGGGCAUACCGCUUGACAAGGCAGAGCUUCUUGCGCUCUUUCUCGAGACUCUUGUCUAUGGCAUAUUCUUUACCCUGUGCUGCAUCACAUGUAUAGUUCUCGCCUCCGUCCACCAUGGCGGUACACACUCUCGCAAAAUCAUCAUGCCCACAGCCUUCCUCAUGCUUGCUCUCGCGACCGCCCACCUCAUCAUCGACUUCAUACGCGCUGCGCAUGCCUUCAUUACUCUUGGUUCACCUUCAGGGGCAGCUAUUGAAUACUUCGGCGAAGUUUCCGACGGCCUAUUCUUAGCCAAAUCGCUGUUGUAUCUUUUUCAAACUCUAGCGGGUGACAGCAUCAUCAUCUGGCGCUGCUAUAUAGUAACAAAUCGUCGGCCGAUGCUCAUCGCAUUACCGCUGAUCGCAUUUAUUGGAGAUAUUGUCUUUGGUUGCAUUAUCGUUGCGCGCAUGAUACGAGCUCCUGAUGGUGCGACUAUAUUUUCGGUACUACGAGGAAGCUUUGCGGCGUAUACAAGCAUGACACUUGCAAUCACAGCCUAUUGCACAGGCGAGCGACCCUCACGAUCCCUCUGCGCAAUCUGCUGGCGCAUAUAUCAACCAAGCAGGGAAUGGGGUGGAGUGCGCACGCUACUCCCUGUGCUGAUGGCGAUCAUCGAAAGCGGCGCUCUUUACACUGCAGGAGUGCUCACCACGCUCAUCCUUUUCUUGAUCGAAUCCAAUGCGCAAUUUGCAGCGCUCGAUCUGCUCAUGCCUUUAGUCGGCGUGGUAUACUGCUUAAUCAUUCUUCAAAUACGCUAC